AAUCUCCCCAACCUCUCGCCUUGUUUCCACAGCUGCCUUUGUCACUUGUUUUGGUCCAAGAUUCCCAUGAACCCUUCACCAAACUCAACCUUUUCCUUCAAGUUCAUGGAUGCAUUUUUACUUUUCUCAAGAGCACUAAAGCUUUUAUCCAAGUUUUCGGAUUCGAAUGGUUUCUCUUCUUCAUCCGAGCGAUAGUCUUAUCUAAUCUAAAUUGCAGAGAGGAAGAUUAGAACUUUAGUGUAGAGAGAAACCGUAAUUUAGUCAACUUGGCUACGCUCAGGUCUGCAAAUUUCAAUGGUUCUAAAGCUUCCCCCAAUGAGAACACCAAACACUUCUUCGUGGUGUUUUGGUUAUCGUCUAUGGAUCCUAGCACUUUCGGUUACUUUAGUCCUGCUGGGAGCAAUUUCAAGAUCAUCUCACAAUGUGUUUUCCGGAUAUGGCAACAAAAACCAACUCUCAAUGAGAGCGCCACUAAAAGGGAAUGGCAACCCCCCAAUCUUUGCUUAUUGGAUAUGUGGAACUAAAGGAGAAAGUGAGAAGAUUUUGAGGCUUUUGAAGGCAAUAUAUCAUCCAAGAAAUCAUUAUUUGCUGCAGCUUGAUUCGGGUUCAUCGGAUUAUGAUAGAGGGCAGCUAGCUCUCUCUGUUCAAUCCGAAAGAGUUUUUCAAUCUUUCGGAAAUGUUUAUGUUGUUGGGAAAAGUUACGCUCUCAACCAGAUGGGGUCUUCUGCUCUUGCUGCCACACUUAAUGCUGCAGCAUUGCUUCUAAAGCUCAGUGCAGAUUGGGACUGGUUCAUCACUUUAAGUGCUUCUGACUAUCCACUCAUGAAUCAGGAUGAUCUGCUCCAUGCUUUCACUUCAUUGCCAAGGAAUACCAAUUUUAUUCAUUUUACAAACAAGACUGGCUGGAAAGAGCAUAUGGAUCGAAUCGUUGACGAUCCUAGCUUAUACCUUCAACAUGUUGCUCCUCUUUUGUAUAUUGUAGAGAACAGAACCAUGCCAGAUGCUUUCAAAAUCUUUGGAGGUUCACCCUGGACGAUUUUAACCCGAGAUUUCCUGAACUACUGUGUCAAAGGAUGGGAUAACUUUCCCAGGAAGCUACUGAUGUACCUCAGCAAUGUGCCCUACCCUCUUGAAUCCUACUUUCACACAAUCAUCUGCAGCUCACCUGAGUUCCAAAACUCUUUAGUGAACAAUGACCUAAGGUACAUUAUUUGGGACACAAACGCGCUUGGAGAAGCGCAAGUCCUAAACAUAUCACACUACGAUCAAAUGCUGGCAAGUGGAGCAGCCUUUGCAAGACCGUUUCGAGCAGAUGAUGAUCCGGUGCUAAAAAAGAUCGAUGAGAGUGUCCUGAAUCGGACUUCAGGAGGGUUGGUUCCGGGCGAAUGGUGCCCCGGGAUAGGGAGAAGUAAGAGCCUGGAGAACUCAGCAGCUGGUCUGGAAGAGUUGUGUCCAAGUUGGGGCAACAUUAACCAUGUCACGCCGGGUCCUCGCGGCGUUAGUCUCCGAGAAUUUUUGCCUAAGCUUGCUGUAGAAGGAAGAUUUACAAUCAGUCACUGCCAAGAACAGUGAUAUUCUUCCAAGCUUGGAUUAGGAACUUUUCAGAAUUUUGUUAACAAAUAAUACUUCAAACUACGUUUGAGCAGACGGCUUGGAUUUCUGCUUGAACUAAGCAUGUACGGUUAGUGAAACAGGAAGAUUAGUUCUGCAUUAUCUCCCCCAA